AUGCUCGACCGUUGCUGUGGAAACUGGAGGAUCCUAGUGAGCAGGAUUCCUUAUCCAGUAUCUGCUAGCAGUGUCCCAAGACCACCGAAAAGGAUACUGAAGCUCUCAUCUCAUUUGACGGUGUGGUUAACAGCGAAUAUGAUGACUGACUUUCAACCACCGUAUGAUGUAGGCAUUCGGGGCCGGCUGCUGAAGCAUACUGAAUGGGGUCCGAAGUUGACAUUUCAGAAACUUACCGUCGAAUACCAGCGUUUUAUAGAUCUUAAGAUUGAUGUUAGAGAUACAAGUCAUUCAUUUGUAACAGCCUUUCACUGCAUAGCUGCCAUGCAACCCGAGGGAAGCACGAGGGCUGGGGUACCACCAGGUCGAGACGCCAACUUUGGGUUCGAACUACGAAUCUUUCGAUCGAAAAUAGUGAAAAUCCUACUGGCAAACGGUGCGGACGUAGUCGCCAAAGACAAGGGUGGCCUGAUCCCGCUACAUAAUGCUUGCUCCUACGGUCACCUAGACGUUUGUGAGCUGUUGCUGAGUGCCGGUGCUGUACAAACCCAAGUACACGCUGCUGACUUAUGGCAAUACACUCCUCUACACGAAGCUGCGAGUAAAUCGCGCGCGGAAGUAUGCUCUUUGUUGUUAGCAUACGGUGCAGACCCACUGAAGAUCAACUGUCACGGAAAAUCCGCCUUGGAUUUGGCACCAACCCCAGAGCUACGUCACAGACUUCUACUCGAGUUUCAAGGCAAAUCGAAAAUAGUGAAAAUCCUACUGGCAAACGGUGCGGACGUAGUCGCCAAAGACAAGGGUGGCCUGAUCCCGCUACAUAAUGCUUGCUCCUACGGUCACCUAGACGUUUGUGAGCUGUUGCUGAGUGCCGGUGCUGUACAAACCCAAGUACACGCUGCUGACUUAUGGCAAUACACUCCUCUACACGAAGCUGCGAGUAAAUCGCGCGCGGAAGUAUGCUCUUUGUUGUUAGCAUACGGUGCAGACCCACUGAAGAUCAACUGUCACGGAAAAUCCGCCUUGGAUUUGGCACCAACCCCAGAGCUACGUCACAGACUUCUACUCGAGUUUCAAGGCAAUCAUUCUGUCGGGCGGUUUCAUUGGUUGUUCUUUUAUCCCGUGUCCUCAUUCGCCGAUGCCCACGUGACCUUGGAAUUUGGCAUCCCUCGCCGUCUUAGUCUGGUCGGUGUCGGAUUGACCUUUGUCCUUCCGAGUUCCGUUGUGACCUUUAUUGAUUUGAUUCCGAGGAGCCACAAUAUCUUGGAAGCCUGUCGAUCUGGUGAUAUCGCGAGGGUUCAGUUAGUUAUGUCGUACGCCAAUUUCACUGAAUUGAAUAGUAAUGCAAAGCUCACACGUACGGAUGUGAAACUUCCUCGAAACACAAACGUUUAUCCACAAGAUACUGCACAUGAGCCAUCCAAGGGAUCGUUACCUGAAGUACUGUCCAACGAGACCGUUGGUUUGACCGCAGGUGAUGUGCUUCGUUUCCGUCAUCCAUAUACAGGAAUAACUGUUCUACACGCAGCCUGUUCUUUACCCGAAUCCGGUCAACCAAGAGAAUUCCGGCUUCUGAACUCAGCGAACGCUGAUUCCUUCCAGUGCCAGCAAAACAAACCAGACAUAUGUGAUUCAGCUGCUAGUACAGCCCCUCGUAGACAGCAGUUGGUGGAAUGGCUACUUCAACAACCUGGGGUAUCUGUUGCUGACUGUACAAUUGAAGGUCAAACUGCUCUGCAUUUUGCUGCCCGAAGUGGGUUCCUGGAGGCUGCAGUGUGUCUGGUCUAUCAUGGAGCUCGUGUCAACGUGGUAGAUGUACACGGGGCCACUCCAUUGCAUUUAGCCGCCAAGCACGGCCAUGCACACGUGGUCCGGUUCCUAGUUCAAGUAUCCAGUGGAAAUGCGGGGGCGAAUUCUGGGGUUAGUCCACCUCCCUCUGUCGCAGCUACCCCAGCCACGGUGCUUCGUCGGUGCCCUGUGGAUACGAGUUCGCUCACGAUUAUCACAGAUUCCGAAGCAACAAAAGCCGAAAAUAACGCCUAUAUGCUGUUUGGCGCUGGUAACGAUGUUCAGGAUCGUUCAGUUGUUGAACUCGCUGUGAAAGGGCUUCUGGGUGGGAACAGAACAGCACCUCUGAACUGCAAUCCUGGAUGUUCCCUUCACAAUGGUGAUUCGAACCGCCAUUUAUUGGGAGUCUCCGCCUUAUCAACUGUCACCCAAUCAACAGCCACCCUCACCGACCAGAAAGGAAAUUCCGCAUCCCAGCAAAUGCAGCCAACGCUAUCAGUCACAUUCGGUACUGAGGUGGCGAAUUCAUCACGUAACUGCCAGUUUAAUGCUGUCUGUUCAGCAACAUCCUUUAAUUCUACUAGCCGCUCACCUCAGCUUGUCAGCUCCGAGUUCAAUCAGUCCCCACUUGAACUACCUGUUCCUAGUGUCUCUAAUCGUACGUGGGCUGAUCUCGUACUACAACUUUUAGAAGCAGCGAAGUCCGGUGAUGUGGAACUGGUGCGUAGGAUCAUUACAACACAUCAACAACAAAGGUGCGACCAAGGAGCUCUCCACCCAGGUGGUGCCCUCCAGUAUGCCGCGCAGGAUUCGGCCUCUGGGCAGACGAGCGAUGGGAUUGAUAGUGGACGCGACCCAUCCUCUGUGAUGGAUUUGAUCAACUGUCGAGAUAUGGAUGGACGCCAUUCAACACCAUUACAUUUCGCAGCUGGAUAUAACCGUCUUAGUGUGGUCGAACUUCUACUUCAAUAUGGUGCUGACGUGCACGCAAAGGACAAGGGUGGUCUGGUGCCACUACACAAUGCAUGCUCAUAUGGGCACACCAAGGUUGCAGAACUACUCAUAAAGCAUGGAGCAAACGUGAACGUCACAGAUCUUUGGCGAUUCACGCCAUUGCAUGAAGCUGCUGCUAAGGGCAAAUUUGAGAUUUGCCGGCUCCUAUUACAGCAUGGAGCAGAUCCUAGUCGGAAGAACCGUGAUGGUCACAUGCCAAUCGAUUUAGUCAAAGACACGGAUAGCGAUGUAUACGAUCUUUUGCGAGGUGACAUCGCUGUUUUGGAGGCUGCAAAACGGGGAAAUUUGGCGAAGCUACAAAAAUUGAUCACUCCAGCUAACAUCAAUUGCCGUGACACACAGGGUCGCAAUUCGGCCCCUUUGCAUCUGGCUGCCGGGUACAACAAUGUGGAGGUCGUUGAAUUUUUGCUUGAAUCUGGAGCUGACGUCAACUCAAAGGACAAAGGUGGCCUCAUCCCUCUGCACAAUGCAAGUUCGUACGGACACGUAGAUGUGGCUGCAUUGCUCAUUCGAUAUGGGACUUCUGUCAAUGCAGUGGACAAAUGGGGAUAUACGCCUUUACAUGAAGCAGCUCAGAAGGGUCGGACGCAGUUGUGUGCAUUGUUGCUAGCCCACGGCGCGGACCCGGCCAUGAAAAAUCAAGAGAAUCAAGUGCCACUUGACCUGGCGACUACGGAUGACGUGAAAUCCCUUCUGUUAGACGCUAUGCUUCGUUCUGAUCUUUCCAUUCCUACGGUUACGAAACCCAUACCCAGUGGUACCACAGGUCGAGCACCAACGGGUGUCGUGCUGGCAGACAGCAACAUUACAACUCCUCGGCUUUCCGAUACGAACUCCACUCCACCUUUGCCUGUUGAAAACUGCACUGGUCCAAGAGUGGAGGGACAAGGUCGUGAGUCAGAUGUUACGGGGGCAUCCGGUUUAACAGCACCGACUGCAAACCAACCCCCUGUGUUACCGACCAAUCGAAUCGUCGCAAGUGGUCCUGAUGUUGGUGUGGCUGAUUCUGGGAACGUUGUUCCGGUGCAUUGCAAGCUCACAGUAGCAGGCUUCUUGACAUCUUUGGGUUUGCAAAGAUAUAUUGAAUUAUUCGAUAUGGAAGAAGUUACCAUGGAUAUCCUGUCCGAAAUGAGCCAUGCCGAGUUGAAAGAGCUUGGUGUCUCUAUAUAUGGUCAUCGGCAUAAAAUCCUGAAGGGGAUCCAACGUUGGCGCGCUACCUCAUCCAACGUUGUCUCGGUGUCAACCACAACAGAUGCCUCCCUUUCAUCUGUUGCAAGUACCACCGGGAUGAUGCAGAAACUCACGGUAUCCGAUGCUGCGCGUCCAACGGCUGGGCCAGGUUCUAUGAGAGUUGCAAACGGAUCCACGGCCGCAGCAUGUGAGACCAACCUGUCUCACUCUCAGGGGGUUGGCGUGACCGAGGCAACACCCACAUGUCCUCUCUAUUUUCCCCCUGGUUCCGCAAAACAGACUAUCCUCAUCGAACUAGAUCCAUCCGACCCGGAAUUUCGUGCUGUUGAGGAGCAAGUUCUCAGCACUAUUCGAGAACAUCGUGACAACGCUGGUGGGAUUUAUAAACGUUACCAGUUACUGAAGGUGGCUCGUAUUCGUAAUCGACGCCUGUGGGACCGUUAUCUCCAUCGCUGUGCAGAAAUUAGCGAGGAUAAUUCUGGUCAUUACAAUGAACGUCUCCUCUUCCAUGGCUCACCCUUCUUACAGGCAAUCGUAAUGAAGGGAUUUGACGAACGUCACGCCUACAUCGGAGGCAUGUUUGGUGCUGGAAUUUACUUUGCUGAAAACUCGUCCAAAUCCAACCAGUAUGUCUAUGGGAUUGGUGGUGGUGCUGGCUGUCCUGCACACAAAUCGCGGUCCUGCUACAUUUGUCCCCGACAAUUGCUCCUCUGUCGUGUCGCUUUGGGUCGUUCUUUCAUCCAGUUUAAUGCAAUGAAGGUAGCUCAUGCGCCUCCUGGUCACCAUUCAAUUGUCGGUCGUCCCAGUACUGGUGGAUUGAACUUCGCAGAGUAUGUGAUUUACCGUGGUGAACAGGCCUAUCCAGAAUACCUGAUCACUUACUUAUUAGUGCCUCCUGAUACUGUAGAUUCAUCAGACGUCUCAUCAGGAUCCAGCCAGAAUGUGAUCGGAGCGUCUGCGGCUAAUGUUUUGCUUCUGACAAAUUCCAGCGCAGUUGCUCCGGUUGUUCAACCCAGUCCAAUGACAACAACCACAUCCAGCCACCCGGUGUCUUUCGCCUCUUCGUCUUCUGCGUCAAACGUUCGUGCUCAACCGGUUAAAGUUGACCAGAAUGUUGGCAGUAACGCCCCUACUGUUUCCACUACAGCUACGUUGUCUACGGUCCCCGCCGUAGCAACCGCACCAGGAGGUCCCUGUAGCCAGUCCAAUCACUUCUCCAAUCCGCCCUCUGAAUGACUCGUCAGUGAUGAAUUGAUUUUUCCUUCCGGUCACUUGAUCGGUCAUGAUGUAGAACUUGCUGUUUUACUCGGUCGCUUCAAGAUUUUGCCCUGGAUCACAGUCUGGUCGUCAUAAAAACCGCACGUUACAGCGGUGGGCGUUUUGUCUUUCUAUCCAAAAUACUUCUAGUACUGAGUCACGAAAACUGUUUAACAAAAUCGAUCAAUAGUCUUUUUACUCCAACAAUCAAGUUGUCUGUUCCACAGGACGAACGCCUCUUUGUUAACCUUUUCACUUAUUCAUCUCUAUGUUUGCACUGGUUCAUAUGCGAUCAUUUUCAGCUGCCAACUAGUCGUCAUUAAGCUUGGGUUUGUCUAGAAAAAGUAGUUGCUUGCAUGUACAUUCUCAAAUAUUGUCCCUAUACCAUGAACUUUUGUGUUUCCUUUUCGUGAUCUCGUGGUCUCCAAGCCUGCGUUGUGAUUGACGAUUUGGUUAGCGUGCAAACGGC